GAGCGCUCUCUGGAAUUAUAAUUAGCUCAAACACGCCACCUAUCGGCCAAGAGCAGCAGCGCACUUCAGUUCAAAAAGUAUCCGCACCAUCAGUGACGACAGACACCGAUAAACUGAUGGAAAGGGAGAUGGAGUAGAAAGCGGGAGGAGGAGAGAGGGGGAAUAAAGAGGAGGGGUGGCUGAGACAUUGUGAUUUAUUUUCUUCUUCUUCUUUAAUUGGUCCUCCGGGAACCGGGGCGAGUCCUUCGUUCGCAGCUGCGCAGCUGGAGAUUCCACCAAAACACUAUUGGAAAAAGCCCAGAGUUUAUACAGUUUAGACCCCGGUCACUUCUUAUAAACCACAUCAGCAGACCUGGACACGCUUUACGCAGAGACACUCCAGAUCUCAGACGCGCAUCACCCAGUGAGAUCUGUGCGCGCAUCUCCACACUGACGCGCAACCUCUCCAUCCGCCUCACUCUUGAGAGAGCCACCGACGAGCACGCCUCUGACAGGAGAGCAUCACAGGACAAGAGUUUCAGUCGGAGAUCACAUCGCUUUCCUCGAUUUCGCUCUUGGAUGUGUGGAUGAGCGCCGCCUUCGAGAGUUUCACCUCAGCUGAAGUUGCUCGGAAGAAUGUGUUGGAAUUUAGUCUUCAUCUUCUGGACGCAGAGACACCGGCGCGCUCCCGCCGAGCACGCAACAAACUAAACACCUGGAACUCUAGCGUUCUGCUGAAAGUCGUGCUUUUCUAAGGGAAUUAUUUCGAAAGGCAGCGCUCUACAGACUGAGAAAGGUAAUGAGGGAUCGCACCUGAAGAUGGAGCUUUUCUGGAUUAUAUUCUUUUCUGUAUUCCUUCGCUACGUGCAAACGCAAGGAGUUUACGCUCCUGCGAACGCUCAGAUUGUGCAUUCUGGGCAGACAUGUGUGGUGAAGGAGGACAACAUCAGUGAAAGGAUCUACACCAUCAGAGAAGGGGACACGUUAGUUCUGCAGUGUCUGGUCAAAGGACACCCGCGGCCUCAGGUGCGGUGGACCAAGACAGCAGGCAGCGCUUCCGACAAGUUCCAGGAGACGUCCAUCUUCAAUGAGACUCUACGCAUCCCCAACAUCCAGAGAGUGCAGGGCGGCCGCUACUACUGCAAAGCUGAGAACGGGGUGGGGGUGGCUGCCAUCAAGUCCAUUCGUGUAGAUGUACAGUAUCUGGAUAAGCCUGUGCUCACAGUGCACCAGACGGUGGGUGAUGUACGAGGGAACUACUAUCAGGAGAAAACAGUGUUUUUACGCUGUACGGUAAACUCGAACCCUCCUGCUCGCUUUAUCUGGAAACGAGGAAAUAAAGCAAUCGAACAGAGCAAAGACAACGGAGUGGAUAUCUACGAGCCUCUGUACACACAGGGUGAGACAAAGGUGCUGAAACUGAAAAACCUCCGUCCACAAGACUUUGCUAAUUACACCUGUCAGGUGUCCGUCCGGAACGUGUGUGAUAUUGCAGACAGCUCGGUCACCUUUCGCCUUACCAACACCACCACACCCCCUGCUCUAAAGCUGUCUGUGAAUGAGACGUACGUGGUGGACCCAGGCCAAGACGUCACGCUGUCGUGUGAGGUAACGGCGGGCUUCCCCACACCUACGGUCAGCUGGUCACGGUACCCUGGAUCCCUCCCUCAGCGGUCCAUGAUCCGAGGUGGGUCCCUCACUCUUCGGUCCGUCACUCCCGCUGAUGCCGGCAUCUACAACUGCACAGCCGUCAAUAAUGUGGGAAACCCUGCGAGAAGAACCGUCAACCUCAUUGUGAGAACCAUGAAGAACUUAACGUUCCAGAUCACGCCAGACUCCAACAAAGACAGCGAGAGCAUACAGAUGGGUCGAGACCUCAAACUUUCCUGCCACGUUGACGCCCAGCCUCAGGAUAAGGUGAACUACACCUGGUACAAGAACGGAGCUCUAAUCUUCCCGACCGACAGCCUCAUCGUGCUACGAAGCGACCCAGACAUGCCACCCGGUACCAGCAGCCUGGAGAUCGUGGACAUGAAGUUCAGAGAUCAGGCCACCUACAGCUGUGUAGCCAACUUCCCUGGGAGCAGCGUUCCUGAACUGCGAGUGGACGUGAACAUCACGCAGAGCAGCGUCGUUCCUCCUGUUCUGAGUGUGCCAGUUGGAGGAGGUGUGGUCAAUGUCAGUGAGGGCGGGACCGCAGAGCUUGUGUGUUUAGUCGAUGGUAAGCCCCGCCCACCCGUUCUGUGGUCCCGUGCAAACAAGGACCUGCCCAUGCCGUCGGGGGAUUGGGUGGUGGAAACACGCGAUGGACGUUUGCGGCUGACCAAUGUGACGCGGGACAUGAUGGGAGCUUACCGCUGCCAAACCGCUCCUUACAACGGCCUAAACAUCAAACGCCGACAGGCUCAGGUGCAGCUCAACGUAGAAUAUCCUCCUGUUGUGGAUCCAGUCCUGCUGGAUGUACGUUCUCAAACGUUUUCGACAGUCAAUCUCCGAUGCUUGAUUCUCAAAUCCAAUCCUAACCGAAUUGCCAGCGCCCGCUGGUAUCGUAAUGGGUUGCUCAUUCGAACCCCAACGGUGGACCCUCAAAGUGUCCCUCAGCUUCGCUUUAAACUAGACACGACUAAUAACGGCACUUACGAGUGCAGAGUGAGCAAUGGAGUCGGGACCUCAACCUGCACCUUCAUUGUGUCUGCUCAGCCGUUUAAUGCAGAGUUUUACUACGACACUCCAAACCCCAUUCGCACCUUGAAGAACAAUUAUUCCUACAUCCUACAGUGGACACAGAAUGAGCCUGGCGCUGUGGACAAAAUCAUCGGCUACUGGAUUAAUGUCCAACAGAACCGACAGACAGUUUUGUCCAAACAGAUCACCACUAAAGAGCCUGUGAAAGGUGUGUUGAUGUCCUACACACUGACGGACUUGCGUAUUCCUCUGUCAUAUGAGGUCAGCCUCACUCCCAUAACCAGCUUCGGCACCGGAAACACAGUCACGCGCAGCAUCCAGUACUCUGAGCCCUACACUUACCCAAGACCUUCAGAUCACGUGUGUGGAUUUGAGGACAUUAGGAUAUGUGGGUUCACUCAAGACCGCAGCGAUGUGUUUGACUGGACCCGACAGAACCACCUCACACAGAACCCCAAACGGUCGGUUAAUACAGGGCCGGAUACAGACAGGAGUGGGACGAAAGAAGGUUACUACAUGUAUAUUGAGACGUCGCGGCCACGUCAGGCCGGGGAUCGAGCUCGUCUUCUCUCUCCAUUGUACAAUGUUACGGCAGCCCGAGGACCAACAGGGACCACCAGAACCCCCUACUGUGUCUCCUUCUACUACAACAUGAAUGGAAAACAUAUCGGUACUCUCAAUGUUCUGAUGAGGGUGAAGAGCAUCGCCACUGUGGAUUCUGCCAUCUGGACUCUCUCCGGACACCAGGGGCCUGAAUGGAGGAAGGCAGAUGCUGAGAUCUAUCCGAGCGGACCCUUCCAGGUGGUGUUCGAAGGUAUCCGUGGAAACGGCUUUGAGGGAGACAUCGCUAUUGAUGACGUUUCUGUUUCCAAGGGGAAAUGCAAACAAAAGGAUAGCGUGGACAAAACAGCAGUUCUGUCUGGGACACACCAGAGUCUUCACCUUCUUCCUAUGAUCGCCCAGCUGCUUUGCACCAUCUGUCUGACAUUCCUCCUCAGAUGAUACAGAUACCCCUCAGCACACACACCGCCAGCGUAGGACACCCCCCGCGGCAGCAAUAAGAACUGCCCCAACACGUGACCACCCUUCCGGCUAAUGCCUCCUUCAUUUCCUCCUCUUUCUCAUUCCCUUUGUCCUAGCUUCACACCUCAAGUCUUCUUUUUCUUUGGUUUCUCAUCAUCUUUGUGGUCUCUUGUUGAGCUUAUGUUUGCUCCAUUGUUUUUUUUUUUCCAUUUCUCUCCAUAUGUCUUGACAUCUUCAUCUCAGUCACCCCUGUGUAUGGAUCUGACACAUCAAAGUGUCAAUAAUUACCAAAGAUGAUGGAGGGCUUAGAGGAUGAACAGAUGGCUGAAAGAGCAACACGAACAUCUUUUCCCCAAAUGAACUACUGUUCAAGUCUCAAGUGCAAGGAGAUGUGAUUUCCUUAAGACACUAUGAUUGCAAGGAAUAGCGUGAGCCAGAACGGAUGAGUGAAACAGGUGGUCAUGAAGCUACUGAUGACCUGAAUGGACCUGUACAUGCACGUGUACAUGAUAUAUUGGAAAGUAACAAGCUGCAGAAAGGACAAACAGACUCCAACUGUAACUUCUAGGACUACGACAAUGUGAAACUAAUGAAGCACAAAUUUAUAUCUUUUUUUUUUUUUGGUUCCUUUACGUGGUAUUCCGUCAGUCUGGAUCUGCUGUACACUUCUUGUCCUUUGGCUUUCUUUAGCAGCCACUGCUGAAUUGCCGUUUAGUUUGUUAUGGGGUAUAAUUUGAUUUAGAAAACGACACAACGUGAACUUUGGACCAGAAGAGCAUCAGUUACCUCACCCUCAAUAUACAAGAACCAUAAAGCACCUGGACAACUUAUGAGAACGAUAAUGUUUAGCUUCAGUCAAACUGUCGGGAGAGUGUUGACUCACUGGGUCAGUCGUUCUCAUUCAGCAAUAGAACCGUACCUCUGACUGCAAGGGAUAUGAUUUGGGCACACAUACUCCAACAGAUGGAUGCCUCUGGACAGACAGACUCCAAUCUUGGCUUUGAUGAUCAAGAAUGUAAUUUUACAUAGUGUCAGAGAAAUCACAUGUACCUGCAAGCUCUUCAAGGGUUUGCUAUUGACACAUUUCAGAUGUAUUUUAUUUUGGAAGUUUUGAGAUGGCAAUCAAACAUUGUUGAUGUGACAAGUUGAUCUAAAAGACAAUGCUCAUCCUAUAAUAAUGCUGCUUUCCACCUAAAUCAGAAAGUUGGACUUUCUAGCUUCCUUCUUGGGAAAACUGCAAUAGAAUGCCACUUGAAGUUGCUGUUGAAAUCCACAACUUCUGGUGAGAUGGUGGCAUCCAGUAAGAUGCACACAGUCAUAAGCAAAUAAAAUACUUCAAUAGGUCAAAGUUCCUGCAUUAAAUGAUGAUAAAACAUGUUUAGCAAACAUCUGCAGAUAAAUGAUCCUCUAAGAUGAAAAUCAUCCACCUGCAGAGCAAAUUUUAGCACUGUGGAGCAUCAUUUAUCCUUUAAUAUGGGACUUCUUUGGCCCUGUCCCAGAUGGGACCCUAAACCCUUGCGGUCUUCCUCCGAGUCCACACUUUCGUGACUUAAUGCCUCUUUGACUGUUGGGUAGAAGUCUGCUGUGGAGCUUGCCCCAGUGUGGGCUCGGCAGAAGUGCAGAUCGAGGGUGCAUAAUGGCUGCAAAGGGAGUGUUCGUGAGCACCCUUCUGAAUGCAAAAAUGCAAAAUGGGACACCCUACGGUCUUGUUGACUUAACGAGCAUGGGCACCAAGCGGGACAUUGUAAGUCCGUAAGACUGCAAGUGCACAUGAAGCCCAUUUGGGACAGGGCCUUUGUUGACAAUCAAGAUCUGGAAAGCAAACGGUAGCAUUGCCAUUUUAUUUUCUCAUACAUCAUCUUCCAAACUUUAGGCAGUGGAACGCCUUCAUGUUUGGAAAUCGGAGACAUCAAGUAGGAAUAUCCACAUCUGAUUUUGAAUGGAAGGCAGCAUAAGUCACAGACGCCAGUGGUUUGAGAUUCAGAUGCAAUAUGUUAUGGAUGAUAUUUCCUUCAAAAUUUGUGAAAGGUAGGCUACCCUCCCUUGAACUCUUUUUAAAAUAUGUCACGCUACUUAAAAUAACAUUUAAGCACAUGGUUACAGUUCAGUAGCAAUAUGUGAUUGUCAGAUGUGUAAGGGCCAUCUGUUUGGUCCCUUUUGAAAGUUCAAGUACGUUUCAUCACACCUAUCAUCACUGCAAGGGAAGGCCAGGCACAGAAUUAUAAGAGCAUAUGACAAAAAGAAGGAACCAUUUGUGCCUCUGUUUGAGUGUCCUAUCAUAUUUGCAUAUGCUCAGAUGUUACGGUGCAAUCGUAUAUCCAGUAUAUAUUUCAAUUGCUUUGCUCUAGUACUAUUCAUACUCGUAGUUCCAUCCACAGUGGAGCUUUAAGGUAAGUCUGUUUACAAUCAUAAAAUGCGUAAAAUGAUUUUCCGGCUUGUAAUAUUCGCUCACACUCAUAUUUAACCAGUUCAUAUUUAUCCUAAUGUGGUGUACGUCUGUCACUGUUGAAGAGAUUAUCAUAGACUCGCUCCUCAGGUAAUUCCAUAGGUAACAGGGACAGGGCCUGGAAUAAUUCAACCCCAGUCCAGGUUCUCCUACAGUUAAAGACACUCCCGCGGCUGUAAUACUGUUCCUCGUGUAUGUUACCGUAAACGCUCUGAACUCUUGCACAAUGCCUUCACUAAGUCAUAUAUAAUCAGCUUUCGUUUAUAAUCCAUGCUAAAUUUAGUAGAACCUACUACAGGACACGGACGAUUAGAUUUAACGCACGAAGGAACAUGAGAGCGAAACAAUAAGUGGAGGGUUGUCAUUUUACGUUGCAGGAUAGUCUGCGCUUACGUAUUCCGAACAUUUCUUUUGUUUCUUUUAGAUAUUCCAGCGUGCGUUUGGUGACUUUCCAAUAUUACCCAGAAGCUGUCAUCCAUGUCUGUGGCUGUUUGUGUUAUUCUUUGGUUUUGUAUUCAAACCAUGUCUGAUUGUUUCAUUUAAAUGGAUCUGGUGUACAAGUUUGAGGCAAAGGCGGGAUCUAAAUACUGUGCAAUAUAAGAUGAAGUUUUGUCAUGCAAUUCAAUGUCUAAGCUCAAAUAACACAGGAAGUGCACCAUCACCCCUGAUGAUGAGCAAAUGAAUGUGAAUGUAAUCUAAUUAGAAUGUCAAAUCUUACUUGCCGACCGUCUUUGCAUUGUAAAUGAUGUGUUAAAUGGAGAUGGAAGUGCUUUGCUUAGUACCACUAGCCAGAAUAUACAAUAAAUGAACACAGAAGAGCAAGGGAUAUGUAAAAAUUGGCUGGAAAUUCCAUGUUGGCAUUUUUCUUUUCUUUUUUAACUGGCUACAUUCACAUGACAGGAUACAAAAAAAAAAACUACUUUUUUGAACACAUUCAAAACAUUCUGAAAGAUUUCAUUCUGUGAUUUGGUUAUUUUCCUUAAUUGUUUUUUUCUCCUGAACACUUAACAGCCAGUCUUAUUCUAUGGUUUAACAUUUACAUGACUGUCAUCCGUAUUGUGUUUCUUUGUGAAUGUAGCCACUACCUGAAGCCAUCAUCAGACUAUAAAAGCCUCACGAAUAAAAUCGUGUGAGAGGCUUAUGAGGCUUGAGGACAACUUGUUGCAAUAAAUUUAAUGUGGCAUUUGUAUUUAGUAUGUGACCCUGGAACACAAAUCAUAAGGGUACAUUUUUUCGAAAAUUGAGAUUCAUACACCACAUGAAAGCUGAAUAAAUAAGCUUUCCAUUGAUGUAUUGUUUGUUAGGAUAGGACAUAAUUUGGCCAAGAUAUUAUUACAACUAUUUGAAAAUCUGGAAUCUGAGAGUGCAAAAAUAAAUAAAUAAAAUAAAUAAAAUAAUCUAAAUAUUGAGAAAAUUACCUUUAAAGUUGUCCAAAUUAGUUCUUAGCAGUGCAUAUUACUAUCUAAUAUUAAGUUUUUAUAUAUUUACGGUUGGAAAUUUACAAAAUAUCUUCAUGUAACAUGAUCUUAACCUAAUAUAAUAAUGAUUUUUAGCAGAAAAGAAAAAUCUAUAAUUUUGACCCAUACCAUGUAUUUUUGACUAUUGCAACAAAUAUACCUCAGGGACUUCAAACUGCUUUAGUGCUCCAGGGUCACAUAUUUGGCUGAGAUACAACUAUUUGAAAAUCUGGAAUCUGAGGGUGCAAAAAAAAAAAAAUCUAAAUGUUAAGAAAAUGACCUUUAAAGUUGUCCAAAUGAAUUCUUAGCAAUGCAUAUUACCAAUCAAAAAAUAGGUUUUUGGAUACAAGAAAAAUGUAUCAUUUAUAAUUAUUUUUGGCUAUUGCUACAAAUAUACAAAUAUAUAGGGGUAUAUUUAGGACUGGUUUUGUGCUCCAGGGUCACAUGUUAAGUUCAAGGGUCAAUGAGGCUUUAUGACUUUACUGUCAUGCUACCAAUGAGAAAUCAAAUUGUGACACAUUUUAUUUUGUCACUUUUCAGACUCAUUUGUGCGAUCAUCUACUACCAGUGGCUUCUCUACUGAUCGUGUCUACAUGUAUGACUCAAAUAUGAUCGGAGAAUCAAGCAUAACACUUGUAACAUUAUCUGUAUGAGUAGAGUUAGACGUCAGUAGAAUGUACCAUAAGAAAGGCCAUUUCCUGUUCCUCCUGGAGGAAGUCAGUAGAUUCCAAUUUGAAGCACCGGUGAAAGUUCAGUAUAGAUCUCACUGCCACAUGCCCUCCUGGCCACUAUUGCUGCAUUAUACUUUACUGUAACUAUUGAGAGUACUUGGGUGAAUCCAACGCUAUCUCACGACCAAUUCAUACUUAUUUUACGAGGUUGCUUAUUCAUACGAAUUUGUACGACCUCACUCGUACGAUUUUAUACGAUUUGUCUAAACCCCAGUGACGGUUAGGUUUAGGGGUGGGGUUAGGUGUAGGUCAUUCGUACAAAUUCAUACAAAUUUAGCAACUCGUAAAAUACAUACGAUUUGGCAAAAAUCAUAUGAAUUUGUACGAGUGUGGUCGUACGAAUUUGUACAAAUAAGCCACCUCGUGAAAAAUGUAUGAAUUGUACGAGAUCGGGUUGGUGAAUCUCACAAACACAUAACAAGGACAUUUCAUUCUAAAAUAUUUAGGAAAAAAUAGAUAUGUGAUAGGAUAUGGAAAAAUAAGCUUUUUUUAUUUUUUUUCUUGACAAUUAAGAGUGCUUUAUAAUUAUUUUCAUUAGUCAUAUUUUUGUUUUACUUUUUGCAAUUCUCAUUUUGCUUGACAUGGACUGUCAAUUCUUAUUAAAUUAUUUAAUUCUUACAAAAUUAUAUAAUACAAUAACUUAGUAUAGCGAAGCACUAGUUAAAGGCAUGAGACUUUUUUAUUUUGUAUUUACUUAUAUUUUGGCAUUAAUUGGAAUGUGGUAAGAAAAUGUACUUGAAGAUUUCAAACUUUUUUUAUUUAUUUAAUUAUUAUUAUUUUUUUAUUUUUUUUAUUGAUUCACCUGUGCAUCUAAUGUAAUACAACAACAAAUCCCUUGACCAAACCUGGAGAUCCAUUGGUGAAAGUUCAAUCCCAUCUCUGCUGAAGAAUGUCGGUGAGUGUUGAUUUGAUCAUUUGUGUGCAUCGCAGAUCUGAACGUCUGUUCUGCCGUAUGCUAAGCGUUCAGACCAGAGAGAGAGUUUGUUUGUUUGUUUGUUUCAUUUAUGUGUUUAUUUGUUUGUUUGUUUUUUAGAUAUACCGGUACACAAGUGAGAGAGCAACUUGUAGUGCUGGAUGUUGUAUAUUCUCUGUCAUGUAAUGAACUAUUUUAGGGGGAAAAUAUAUUUGAAAUAUGACUCCAAGAUGUAUAAAUAAAUAACCAUGAAAGAUC